AUGGAGGACGCGUCAUGGCACCGCGUCGAGACGCUGGUCGCACCAGAGGGUGAGGGCUGGACUCUGGAGGAAGACACAAGUGAAUUGAUUGUGCUGGAUCUGUCACAAACAGCGAAUACGUCCCAUGUCGAUUUGACGCUAGCGCCUGGGACAGAUGUGACGUUGUCGGGUAUGGAUACACGCGCACCGAUCCUCAAAGUGGGCGAUACGGUCAUGCUGGGCCAAUGGGAUGACAUGAUUGGCAGCGAAAUUGUGCUAGCGUCGCCGGCGCCUACGCCAACCAGCGACGGUAGCAGCGCCUCUGCGCCAAGUCGGCUUGGCCCUAUUGCGCCAGGCACAGGUGAAGAGCCAACCGGGGCGAGUAGCACAAGCACACGUCGCGUAGCGUUUGCUCCGGCGCGACCUCGUGCAGAGACAGAAAGCGGUGAGCAUGUCACUACGCUGUUGGCUGCAGAUUUGGCCGCAAGUAUUGAUGAAGAGGAUAUGCCACUGUCUACCAAGCCCGUCUGGGCGUCCUAG